CUGUAACUUAUGCUCUAUUUGGUUGCAGGUUUUAUUUGCAACAACAAUGGAGAAUGCAAUCUCCAUAAACAAUAAUACAAAUCAAGAAACCCCAUUUUCUCCAAAAGCAUCAUUAACCCGUUAUUGGAAAUCACACAUUUCAAAUUCUCUCCCAAUACCCAAUUUCCUCAUCUCCAAAGCCUCUCCUCUCUCCGCUGUCAAAGCCGCCUUCUUUUCAAACCUCGCCGCCCAUAACGAACUCUCCACCUACCUCUCCUCCUUCUGCUCCGCCGCAAACCUCCUCUGUUCCUUCAACUCUGCCAACAAUCCGAAUAACAAUUUCAAACACGGGAUUGGGUUUCUCAUUUAUAGUAACGCAACCGGUCCUCACAGGUUUCUAUCUAAUAAAAUGGUUGAACCGGAGAAAUUCUUUCGAGAAUCCCAACUUAAAUCGGGUACAAUCAUGAAUAUGCCCGACAUUCGCGACACCAUGCCCGAAAGGUCGUUCUUGCCCCGCUCUAUAGUCUCGAAUUUACCUUUUUCAACCUCAAGGUUAGACCAAUUGAAGCAAUUGUUCCAUGCAAGCCACGACUCGGUGGCCGAGCGAGUCCUGGUUAACGCGCUGACUGAGUGCGAGAGAAACCCUAACUCGGGCGAGACCAAACGAUGCGUCGGAUCCAUUGAAGACAUGAUAGAUUUUUCAAUAUCGGUUCUCGGCCCAAAUGUGGUGGCCCGAACAACCGAGAAUACAAACGGGUGGGCACAAAGUGUUAUGAUUGGAAGCGUAAAUCGAAUAAACGAUGGAAAUAUAAGCAAGUCCGUGUCAUGUCACCAAAUCCUUUACCCUUACUUGUUAUACUGUUGUCAUUCUCUCCCAAAUGUUAGGGUUUAUGCUGCGGACAUCCUCGACGUACAAACUAAGGUAAAAAUUAAUAACGGGAUUGCAGUUUGUCAUCUCGACACAUCUGAUUGGAGCCCGGAACAUGGAGCUUUUUUGGCGCUUAAAUCAAGCCCCGGACUCAUUGAGGUUUGUCAUUGGAUAUUUGAGAACGACAUGAAUUGGACCGUUGCACAAUCACAAUGAUUAUGUAUUGUUAAUUUAUGUUUGUAAUAAUGUUUGUGGUUAAAUGAUUGUAAAACAAGAUUGGAGAAUGUGAGAAGCAAUGUAAAUGUAAUAAAAGGUGUGACAAAAUAAUGAUAAUGCAUAAGUUCUUAAUCGCAA